AUGUUUCGCUUCAGCUCUCCAUUUGUUUGUUUUCAUCACAAGUGCUCACCCAUUUGCCCCUUUUUUCCUUUUGGAAGAGAUUUCGAGAAGAAGAAGGCGCCGAGGCCUGACUUCGUGAUAAUCCACCGGAGUGUGGUGGAAGCGAAGAUGUUAAGGACAAGCUCGGCUGCAUAUAAGAAGCAGUCAGAGCGCUUUCUGUCUCUGAGCAAGGCCCCUCUACCCCCUGAAAAUGAGGCGGAUGAAGGAGUUCCUCUGGUGAAGAAGAGGAAGGUCGACCCAGCAGGGGCAUCUAUUUCAGCCCCUCAGGAGGAGGCUCCUCCUCAGGCUCGUUCCGGGGUGACAGUGGCGGCCCCUUCAACUGUUCCUCAGGCCAUAGUGCCUAUAACUGCCUACUUCGCUGAAGGCCCGGUUAAAAUGAAGCAGAAGCGACCCGCCAAUGCCUCGGCUAAUGGCAAAGCCACUGACUUCUUGGGGAGCAAGGACGAUGACCUUUCGGAGGCUGUGCUGGAGAUGCUCCCUCCAGAGACCACUUCGGCGGUGAGGCUCCACAGCAAGUACUGGACUGACGAUUGGGCCAACCAUGCCUCUUCGUGCGGAGUGGAGGACCUAAUGGCUGCCAACAACGCCUACGUGGCUAGGGCCCUGAGUAUGGGAGCCGCGGCAGAAGAUCUGGUUAAAGCCCUCCGCAAAAGGAAUGACGAGCUGGAAGAGAGGCUCAAAGCCUCAGAAACUUGGGAGGCCGAGGUGGCCAAGGCCAGGAAAGAAGUUGAGGAGGUGAAGGAGAAGUGGAUAACUACUGCCACAAAGCUGGACGCGGCUGAGAUCCAAGUCAAUCAGUACAAGAACGAGCUCCACGAGUCCGUUUCUCAAGCGGCGACUUUAACAAAAAGGAUCGACGCCGGAAAGAUAGCCUCUUUGGAGGCCGAAGUGAAGGCAGUCGGCGAAGCGGUGGUCCAAGAUUAUAAGGACAAUUUUGAUAAGACGUUGGAGUAUGAUGACUUCGCCAAUUACUGGGCCUCCUGGGCUGCCCAGGAAAUGAUUUCUCGCCUAAGGGAGAGGCACGCAAACCUGGACAUCGGGUUCCUCGAAGAGGAGUUUGGUGGACCUACCAGGGGUCGCCCAGUAGUAGAAGAGGAGGCUUUUCAUGACGAGGCGGAAACUCCACAAGAGGAAGGAGUCGGGGCGAUAAUCAACGUAGAUUAG